GCGCGCGCGCGAGAGAGAGAGAGAGAGAGAGAGAGAGAGAGAGAGAGAAACAGAGGAGGCGGCGCCGAGCGAGCGCGAUCCCCUCCUCCUCCCCCGUCGCGUGAUCAUGGCCAUGGCCGCCUCCAGAUCGCUCUGGGCCUCCCGCGCCGCCUCCUACCUCAAGAUCUCCGCCUUCCCCAGGGCCUUCUCCACCGUGCUGAAGGAUCUGAAGUAUGCUGAAACCCAUGAAUGGGUAAAGGUUGAUGGUGAUUCCGCAACCGUUGGGAUUACAGACCAUGCCCAGGACCAUUUGGGUGAUGUUGUAUAUGUGGAGCUGCCAGAAGUUGGCGCUUCUGUAUCUCAGGGAACAAACUUUGGUGCUGUUGAAAGUGUGAAGGCAACCAGUGACAUCAACUCGCCGGUGUCUGGAGAGGUCAUUGCAGUGAAUGACGAACUACUAGAGAAACCAGCAUUGGUCAAUGGAGAUCCAUAUGAGGGCGGCUGGAUCAUCAAGGUCAAGGUCAGCGAUGCAGGUGAGCUCAACUCACUGAUGGACGACAAGAAGUACUCAAAAUUCUGCGAGGAAGAGGACAGCAAGCAUUAAGCAUGGUGGAUUCUGAAAGAGAAUCUGCGCUUCGACACUCAUAGGUGUUUGUCAUGUGCUGUUGGGCACUUUGUACCACCUGCUUUCUCAGCCCAGAAAGGAUCAAAACAUGGAAUAAAUGGCAUUUGCCUACCCUACAAGGGCUUGCGAGAUCCGAAAUCUGUAUAUCACUCGAGUUCCUUUUUCUUGUUGCCAUGGUUUCAUCUCUGAUUUAAGCUCUGUUCUGAUUAGUUGGUAUUCAAAUUCUAAAUGCAUACGUACUGAUGAUGCUACAUAA